AAUGAAAAUAUAAUUAAAAAAAAUCAAUUAAUAGGGGAGUAAUUCAAAAAUACCUUAUUAAUCCCAAAUGGAAAUUAAAUGUUAUGUUUAAUAAUAAUCCUUCUACGCUAAGAUCUUAAAUUUCAUACUUAGCUCAAUGUUGUAGAAAAGGUGAACCACGUGACCCUGUGAAGGCCAGUUCAAAGAGUGUCGUAACUCUUUUUAAAGGCACUGGUUCCGCUGAAAGGCCUCCAUUUUGCGCAGUUCAUCCCACUUCCUGGUUUCUGGGAAGGAAGGGACCGACAGCAGCGGACAGUAUGGCUCUGCUUGUAGGUCAGUAGUGCGGGUAAAGUCUGCCGUGACAACCAGAAACAUUGAAAAGUGGCCCAGUAGUUUGUUGUAUAUGGCAACACGCAGAGUUGUCCUACUCGGGCAGUGACUGUAGGCAGCCGAAUCGGGUUGACACUGUCAGCUUUGAAGUAAACAACUAUAUGCUAACAGCUAGUCGCUAACAUUAGCCCCGGCUAACCUGUGAAUUUCUUCGGCGGCGUAAAGCCACACUACUGCGACCUGCCAGCAGCCUUCCUCGAGCUGUUUCUUUUUUUGUUUGUUUGUUUGUUAAUUUUUACCAUACUGCUUCAACGAGAGACUGCCACGCCAGCACUUUCCAUUCAUGUUGUUUGGGCAAACGAGAGUACCGAAGCUCCGAGAGUCGGUGUAUGCUGUCAUUAAGAAGACAGUAACUCCAUUGGCCUUUGACCCCCAGAGAGAGUUCCCAGUAGAGGGACAGGAUGCCGAUUCCUCCUCCCCCUCCGCCGGGACCCCCACCUCCCCCAACCUUUAGUCAGGCCAACACCACGCCUCCGAAGCUGAAUCCGUCUGAGGCAAAAGGCCGUGGAGCCCUGCUGUCAGACAUCUGCAAAGGAGCCAGGCUGAAGAAGGUCACUGAAGUCAAUGACCGCAGCGCUCCAGUACUGGACAAACCUGGAGGAGGCGGAGGCGGAGGUGGAGGUGGAGGAGGCGGCGGUUUUGGAGGUGGAGGCCCGGUUGGAAUGGGAGCGCUUUUCAAAGGAGGCGUUCCCAAAUUACGUCCAGCUGGAGAUGGUUCAGUCGGCAGAUCUGCCCUUCGACCCCAGGGGUCACGACCUGCAGCUCCUCGCCCCCCUGGCGGUCGCUCCACCUCGCCCAUCCCGGCCAACAAGCCAUCUUCAUCGGACCACCAGCGGUCCCACCGCCCCUCGCUGCCGGACAUCAGCCGCCCCCCCGGCAACAAUUCUUCCAGCGGUGGGAUGAAGCACAGCACCUCUGCUCCUCCGCCUCCUCCCCCCUUCAGCAAAGGUAGCCGUGGCAACGCUCCUCCCACCCCGAACCAGAAAGGUCCAUCCUACAGUAGAGACAAAGUUCUUCCUCCAACUCCCACCAGAGGCUCCUCCUCCUCCUCAAGCAGCAACGUCAAGUCGAAUCAUUCCUCCAGCAAACCGCCAAGCAGCGGCUCAUCGAUGCCACCGCCUCCUCCGCCCUACAGGCCGAGCGGCACCGCCAACGGGCCGUCACAGGUAGACAGUGGUGGAGCUCCGGAGCUUCCUCAGAGAAAAAACUCGCUACGCAACAAACGGACCUCAGGUGGCGGAGGUGGCGGAGGCGGCGGUGGCCAAGGUCGUAACCACGCCCCGCCACCGCCUCCGGUGCCGCCUUCUUCCUCCCAGCAGGUCAGCAGACCGCCACCGCCAGCCAGAGAACCACCUGGACGCAAAACAGUCCCUCAGUUGCCUCCUUCUGGUUCUCGUAAUGGUGGAAGAGACGCUCCUCCACCGCCCCCGUACCGCGGGCAUAGUACCGGAGUUUCAGAACAACACGGCCGGGCGAAACCCCCGCCGCCCCCCGCGCCCUCGCCCAUCUCAUCUUCCUCAUCCUCCCGGACCCCGGCUGGACCUCCUCCUCCUCCUCCACCUUUCAGGAAUGGCCACUCCACGGGUCCUUCCUCCAAAUCCAUCACGGAUGAUUUUGAGUCAAAGUUCAACUUCCACCCCAUUGAAGAUCUUCCACCUCCUGAGGAGUUCAGGCCCUCCAACCGGGUUUACCCCAGCAAAUCUGACAGGGCAGUGAUGAGAGGAGCUCCUCCAGCGCCACCUGUGGGGAGGUGAACCAGUUUCCACUCAGGACAUGAACUGUGUCAGAGGACAUAAUGAGCCAGCAGGGGGCGGUGGAGAAACACGCGACUCUUAGACACACUACACAUGAAACAACGGUAAGCCAGCCCGACGCACUGCGGCACAAACAACGCAAAGUUUUGACACCGCAUGAGAGAACAAAACCGGACUCUGCUCAGCUCCACCUCCUCCAGCGAUGGGACGCGACACGACAUAUCAGGACCAGAACUCUGAAUUAUUCUUUUAAUAUGACAACUAUUAUGAUUCUUCUCAAUUCUAAACUUGGCUUCUAUUUUUUUUUUUUAUUGGGUGUUAUUAUUAUGUCUUUUUAGGGGGAAAAUCAACUUUAUAAAUGGAAACUAUGUUGUUAAAUGUUUCUGAGAAGCUCUUUGCACCACAGAUGUGGGGUUGUUGUGUUUAGUUUUUUGGUUAAUCGCCGUUCCCGUUGCCAGGUAACGGCGUUCCUUUGCAGCCAAUUUUUUAUUUUAUUUUAUUUUUUUCUGCGUGCCAAAAGCUUUUUGAGUCACAUUAUUUUUCCUCCGUAUGUAAAAUAGAUUUUUACAUCUUGAUGCUGUCAAUUUUUUACUUUUGAAGAGGGAAUGCAUUCCUUUUUUCCACUUUUCCUUCUUUCUGAAUGUUCAUAUUUCUAUCUUCAGGCGAUUUUUGCACUUCACCUUAUCCGCUAAAACCAACACUGUGCAUGAUGCUGAUUUAUGCACUUUAGAGAUAAAAUAUUUCUUAUUCAGUAACGUUUGUGUAACAUUAUAAGCUUGUUCAGUGAUGUUACAGUGACCGGAUCGUCACUGUUUAGUCGAGCAUUAACCCAAACCAGGUUAGAGGAUUUAUUGGGAUUUUCCACCAAAGUAGUUCCAGUUCUUUAAUGGUUCUAUUACGAUCCAGUUUGGUUUUUUUUCGCAGAGAACCGGCUCUAAUUGUACAAUAUCUGAGGCACUUUAUUGACAACGAUCCCAGAGAUUUUAUCUUUUUUUUCUGUCUGAGCUGCCAACAGGAUUUACAUCCUGAUUAAGUAGAUUUAUAAACACCAGGCCCAAGAGUACUGCAAAAAAACUAAAUCUUACCAAGUAUUUUCCUUAUUUCUAGUGCAAAUAUCUUACUACACUUGAAAUGAGACAAAACGUUUCUUGCUGAAAAGUUACUUGUAAGUUCAGUUUUGUCUUAUUUCAAGUGUAUGAAGAUAUUUUCUCUGGAAAUAACUAACACUGACUUUUCAGAAAGACACAUGAGCUUGUUUUCAUAUUGAUUUAAAAAAGUUCAAGUUCCGCUGGCAAAUUUCACAUAUCUGUGAAGUAAUCUGCCAGUGGUACUAGAACUUUAUCAUCAACAUUAAGGAAUUAUUUACUUAAAACAAGCUCAUAUAUUUUGCUGAAAAAUGACUUAAGUUAGUUUUGUCUGAGUGUGUUGGACCUGAGCCAUCUCCAAUGCUAAUUUACCUCCUUAUGGGCAAUGAAGCAUUAUUUUUUAUUAACUUACAGUUUUACUUUUAGAUCUACAUUCAGAACUGAAACCGGUUUGGUGGAAAAUCCCUUUAGCUGCAGAUUUUCCUAGUUGGGUGGAGUUUACCUGAAAUAGUCAUAUAUAGAUAUAUACAGUACGGACCAAAAGUUUGGACACAAAUAUGUCCAAACUUUUGGUCUAUACUGUAUAUCAGAAAUCUUUCAGGAGGUAAACUUAAAAGCUAUUCGUUCUUUUCUUUUUCCACAGAGACAUUAUGAUUUUUAUUUUCUAUGCAAGGAACAGUUUGUAGUUGUAAAUGGUAGCAGCUAAUAAAACGUUGAACACUAAGUGCCAGAAAACUGUUUAAAUCAGUGCUUUGUUUUACUUUUUUAGGAUCUGCUAAACUUCACUUUAAAACACUAAUCGCUCUCAUAGAUUAAUUGAUAAAAUGGAGGCGGAGGAUGAGGUUAGUUGGUGAUUUCUCACAGAAGCAGCGUUUCUUGCUGCUCUUUGCCUUACGCCAGGCCGACUUCACUUCUCUUUGGUACUUUGUGGCUUUUACAGUUUAUUUUGUCUUUUCAGGUGACGGCCAGAAACAAAAUAGGAAACAAGUGUAUUUGAAAAUGCAAUAAAUAUUGUAUAUUUACACUAAAGAAUGAUAAUCCUAAUUACUGAUCUAUUUUUGUGACGUAAUACGUUUUUGUGAUAUAGGAAAGUUUCUCCAGCGGUGAGUGAGCUCCAGUCUGACUACCUGGAGCCUCUGAGUAUUCAGUCGCUGGGGUGAACGAUGUUCUGAUGCAUGUCAGUUUUUCACCAGCCGGUUGUUUUUAUUUUUUGUAUGACUCCUAAAGAUUCAUCAGGUGAUAAAUAGACGAGUGAUCGACGGCGGUGACGUUAUUGAACCUGCACUUUCCUUACUGGAUGUAAACUCACCUCUGACACAUGAGUGAUCUGUCACGAUGGUUUCACGUUGCUCACUCUGAAAAACAGGAACCAAGUGGUGGAUAUUCGUUUUUAAUCUUCUUUUUUUUUUCCAUCUGAAAUAAAUUCAAUAAAAUACAUUCCUGUUAGGGGAUAAAAGGUA